AUGAACUCUACACCUUGGCCGGUCUCCUUGCCGUUUUCUCAGGUGCAGAAUGCUAAAACAGAAGGCAUACCUCGUUUAGAUUCUUUUGACGACCCAAUUAUAGGACAAGUAGACCAUAUAAUAGAUACUGCAGCUUUAGCUUCGUCAGUUGUCAUUGAUCAAACUGAGGUAGAUCAUCAGGGUAGGCUGAUGGAAGGUUCUAGGUGUGGGGGAGUACAUGACAGUUCAGAUGAACAUCUAUCUAAAAAUACUAGUUCUGUUUCACAUAGUAAUAAUGAGGACAUAAUUGUUCCUCCACCUUCUAAUCCAAAGGUUGGAGAUUCUGAAAUUCACCAUGUAGCAUCAGCCAAUUCUGUUGGAGCUGUGCACGCUCUUUCUGAUGGUCAGCAACCUGAACAAGCAGAUUCAAUUGCCAGUUCUGUUGUCAAUGGUGACAAUGACAUGAUUUUGCCUCCUGCUUCCUCCCAUGAUGUGAAAUCAAGUGAGAUUACCUUGCCCCAUCCUGAGGUUGGCACCAUUAAUGUUGAAUCUUCCCAAAAUACUACGGAUGAACAAAAAUCUGAAAAUGAUCAUUCUGCUUCCAUUGAUGCCGAAAGUAACAACCAGAUAACAUCAGCCAAUGAUUCUACUCAACCGCUUCUUGUUGGCGGUAAGGCAGAAGAUGCUAAAAAAGGGGAUGUAGAUCACGUCAGUCAUCUUGUUCUGCCUCAUAAAAAGAUUGUCAGUUCUAUGGUUAAAUCCCCAAAACCUGGUAACCCUAUACCAAAAAAAGAAGGUGAUUUGAAUAGGGGUCGUAUUGUUACAGCUUCACCUUUUGAAUCUGUCAAAGAAGCAGGUUCCAAGUUUGGAGGAAUGGUUAGAUGGAAAUCUCAGAGAACACAAAAUCUGGAGGGAGGAUCCAAGGCUGUGGCCCAAGACCUUGAGAAACUACAGGAGCAGAUGGUUGUAUAUAAGAAACAGUCAGUUGAUGCUGAAGAGGCAAAAUUUGAAGUAUUGAAGGAGCUGGACAACACAAGUAAACUGAUAAAAGAGCUAAAGCUAAGCCUGGAUAGAGCACAAACUGAAGAGAAUCAGGCAAAACAAGACUCCGAACUCGCCACACUCAGGGCAGAGGAAAUAGAACAAGGGAUUUGUGACGAGGCUAGUGUUGCAGCUAAGCAACAGCUUGAGGUUUCUAAAGCCAGGCAUGCAGCUGCUGUUGAGGAGCUGAAAUCUGUUAAUGAAGAGUUGGAAACAUUAAGAAAGAAAUAUGCUUCUACGGUGACUGAGCGAGACACAGCUGUUAAGAAAGCUGAAGAGGCUGUUUCUGCUUCAAAAGAGGCUGAGAAGAGAGUGGAAGAAUUGGCUUUUGAGCUGAUGGCCUCAAAGGAGUACUUAGAGUCAGCACAUGCUGCCCAUACGGGGGCUGAAGAGAAAAGAAACGGAGCAGUCCGAGACCAAGAUACUCGCUUAUGGGAGAAGGAACUAAAACAGGUUGAAGAGGAGCUCCAGAAACUCAAUCAGCAAAUCCAAUCGACAAAGGAUCUGAAACCAAAGCUAGACACUGCUUCGGUACUGCUACGUGAUUUGAAAGCUGACCUAACUGUUUAUAUGGAAUCUAAGUUCAAUUUGGAAAAUAAUGGACACUCUACUGAUGCGUCACAGACACCACAGAAAAUAACUCCCACUGAGAUACCAGCUGCUGUUGCCUUAGCAAAGAAGGAGCUUGAAGGGGUGAAGCUCAAAAUAUUAAAAGCAACUGCAGAAGUGGAUUCUUUGAAGGUGCUUGCUGUUUCAUUAAAAUCAGAGCUUGAAAAGGAAGAGUCUGCUCUUGCCACCAUUAAGCAAACAGAAGGCAUGUCAGUUGAUGUUGCUUCUCUGAAAGAUGAUACGGAUAACACCGAGUCAAAAAUAGAUUCAGUGCAGAUGAAUGAAAAAGAGGCCAGAGAUAAAAUGGAGGUGCCCAAGCAACUGCAUCGGGCAACACAAGAGGCUCUUGAGGCCAUGACACUUGGUCAAAUGGCUCGUGAAGAGCUGAACAAAGUAAAGGAAGAGGUUGAACAAGCAAAGGCUAGAGCAAGUACCAUGGAGAGUAGAUUACUUGCAGUUCAAAAGGAUAUAGAGGCAGCUGAGGCUUCAAAGAAGUUUGCUUUAGAUGUUAUGAGAAAAUUGCAAGAUCAUGUAUCAGCUCAAAGAACCGAUAAUGUUGAUUCACCAGAUGCUGUAGUUCUUUCCUUAGAGGAGUACAAUGACCUCAGUAAAUGUGCAUAUGAGGCGGAGGAACAGGCCAACAUGAGGGUGUCAGCUUUCGCUUCUCAAGUCGAGGUAGCUAAGCAAUCCCAGUCGAGUAGCUUGGAAAGGUUGGAACAAGUAAAGAGAGAGAUGGCUGAAAGAAAGGAACAACUAAAAAUUGCUUCAGAGAAGGAUGAGAAGGCCGCGGAAGAGAAGUUAGGCAUAGAGAAGGAAUUGAGACGAUGGAGAUCUGAACACGAGCAGCAGCGAAAGACUUCUGAAUCAUGUCACAGUGGAGACCCUCGAUGGGCAAGUUUUAACGGAACGAGUCGAAGGAAGAAACCUGGACCUAAUAUUUCUCCUUGCAACACUCUAGAUAGCUCAAAGGCAGCCAAUGGAAGUGGCACCGAAUCCGAAUCAUCCCCAGAAACAGCGGUCGAAAAGAAGAAGAAGAAACUGUUCCCCAAGUUAGCUAUGUUCUUUAACAAGAAAAAGAGCUUAUUAAAAUCCAAGUCCAAGUUCAGAACCUAGUA